UGGGCGGGGCGACGGCGGCGACACGUGUGCCGGCACCAGGAAGUGGCGGCGGGGCCGCGGCGGGCAGCGCCGGGCGGUCAGCAUGAUCCCGGGGCACGGGCCGGUGAUCCAGGCGGUGCUGGGAACCUUCCUCACCUGGGGGCUGACGGCGGCGGGCUCGGCGCUGGUCUUCGUGUUUUCCAGCGGGCAGAGGCGGAUCCUAGAUGGGAGCUUGGGCUUUGCUGCGGGGGUCAUGCUGGCCGCUUCCUACUGGUCCCUGCUGGCCCCGGCUAUCGACAUGGCUGAGGAAUCCGGCACCUUUGGAGCCUUCGCCUUCUUCCCGGUGGCCGUGGGCUUUGCCCUGGGCGCAGCUUUCGUGUACUUGGCCGACCUGCUCAUCCCGGCGCUGGGUUUCAGCGGACCUCCCCACGCAGCGUUUGCCUUGAGCUGCGACCAACGAGCGGUGAAAGAAAAAUAUGAGCACGAACCUGCCCAUCACCUGGACUACGAGAGCGAGUUGUCCAUCCGGAUAGGUAGAGCUGGGCUCCAUCCAGACAAAGGUGAGAACGGGGAACCCUAUCAGAGGAGGAAGGGUGCGGGGGCCAGCCUGCCUGAUGGCCCCCCGGCGUUCCCCGCGGCCAGGGACGGUGCCCCGACAGCCGGCAGCAGCAGCUGGAGGCGGAUUAUGCUGAUGAUCCUCGCUAUAACCAUCCACAACAUCCCAGAGGGUCUGGCAGUGGGAGUUGGAUUCGGGGCUAUUGGAAAAUCAGCAUCUGCGACCUUCCAAAGCGCCAGGAAUUUAGCAAUCGGGAUUGGGAUUCAGAAUUUCCCGGAGGGCCUGGCCGUCAGCCUGCCUUUGCGCGGCGCUGGAUUUUCGACGUGGAAAGCGUUCUGGUACGGGCAGCUGAGCGGCAUGGUGGAGCCCUUAGCUGGUGUCUUCGGUGCCUUCGCCGUGGUGGUGGCAGAGCCUCUCCUCCCCUACGCCUUGGGCUUUGCUGCCGGAGCGAUGGUCUACGUGGUGAUGGACGAUAUCAUCCCCGAGGCACAGACCAGUGGCAAUGGGAAGCUGGCUUCCUGGACCUCCAUACUGGGAUUCGUGGUGAUGAUGUCCCUGGACGUUGGGCUCGGGUAGGGCAGCGCACCGCUCCCCAGGAGAAGACUUCAGAGCCAUUUGUGCGGCGGCGUUUGGAACUGGACAUGCAUUUAUCCUCUAGACUUUUUUUUGUACAUAUAUUUUUUUUUUUUUGAUCGGGUUUGAUGUUGAUCUCCUAUAAUUUUAUAUCUCUUCCCUCCCCUCCAACGUCAUGUCGGUGGUUUUCAAAGCACAAAUACGGGUGGUUCCUCGCGGGUCCUGGUUUCCUUUCGCCACCAGGUUUUUCUUUUCCUUUCGGGAGGGUUGUUGGACGCCGCGUCGGCUGGGCUGCAGGUCACCCUGUCCUGUCCCUUCCAUCUGCAGGUCACCCUGUCCUGUCCCUGCCACUGCAGGACACCCUGUCCUGUCCCUUCCACGCUGGGCUGGUUUCUCUUGUCAGGUCGCUCUGGGUUUUGAUCAUCUUUGUGCUGUAGGAGAUUAGGAAUUCACUGUCGCGUGUUUAAGCUGGUCUGUGGUUGAGUACCAAGGUAUUUGGAUGGAGUAAACUCCUUGCAGGGUCUCGAUUUCCACACGUAUUUCGAAAGGCAGGUGGCAGGCACCGGGGCUAGGAUAGCACAUACCGCACUCCGGGGGAUCGCAGGGCUCGUGUAUCCCGCUGGUCCUUGGGAAUGUUUUAGGGUAAUAGUUUUGAUGGGUGCAAAUAUUUCAGGCAAAUAAAAAUGAAUUUUUUUCGGAUCUCCGUAGGAGGAAACAUCAUUUUUUCCUAAAUUUAUCUCCUAAGUGGAGCUCUGUUCCAAUGCAUUGUGUCCAAUACCUCGAGGUUUUCUCUAGGAAAAAAAAAAAACCAAAAACAAAAACAGGAAAGAAGAAUAUUUGUGUUUUCUAGCAUGUACUUUUCAAAAAGGCAAGAUGUGGUCAUCCAUGUGUCCAUGAUGUGCAGCAGGAUACGCUUCCACGUGGGCCCAUGACUCUGUCUGACCUCCCUGAGCGAUUGCUGGUUCACGGCUGCGGGUUCCAAUGGUCCGUAACUCCCCGGAGCCCCCACAGGUUCCUCCCGGCGCUGGCCCUGGUCGCACGUCGCCCUGCGGAAGAGCUCGGAGCUGAGCCAGGACCUGAGCGUGCCGCGGGCCCUCGUCUUCCUGAGCGGCACCAGGAUGAAAUAACUCAUUAAUUAUCCUACCUGGAGAGCCAGAAACAUGUGCCGUGUGUACCUGCCUCUUCGCCCUCUGCUUUUCGAGCAUCUCUUGUUGGACGGCUGAUCCUGAGCAGGCAGGAUUGGUCCCUUCCAGGCUGCGGAGCGAGCCCUGCCCAUCCCUCCCCGUCCCCGGCUGCACGCUCCAGCGAGGAGCAGAACGCCAGGUCGGGAGGGUGCUGCGAACCCACACCUCCCUCUUCGCUCAGGAUGCUUUAGGAACCCUACAGAAGGGUUCGUUAGACCCUGCGGCAACAAGAACUGGAUCUCCCGGCUGCCGCCGGCAUCUCAGCCCCUCCGCAGGCUCUCGGGGGAGCGGGGCUGCGAGCGUGGGGCGUCACGGAGCAUCCUUCGGUCCCGCCGGAGAUGCUGCGGGAAGGGCAGCCAAAGGGAACAGGCUUGAAUAAACUAAACUAGAGCCAUGCAUUUUUGUUUGGUUCUCUCUCUCUUUUUUUUUUUUUUCGGUUGGAUUUCAUUUGUACUUCGUUUGUGUGUCGCUCUGGAUGAUACAGAACUACUAUUUGCCAAUGGAUUUGACCUUUUAACUGUGAUUGGUUUCAA